GCGCCGCUAUCUAUUGGGACUUUUAGGGUUUGGUGUCGUUCUUAGUCUUUCGAUCUGAUUGGAGCUCUAGCGGUGGCGAUGGCUGCGGCGACGGUGGAAUCGGUGCAGUGCUUCGGGCGGAAGAAGACGGCGGUAGCGGUGGCGCACUGCAAGCGCGGGCGCGGGCUGAUCAAGGUGAAUGGGGUGCCUAUCGAGCUGGUGAAGCCGGAGAUCCUCCGCCUCAAGGCCUUCGAGCCCGUCCUCCUUCUCGGGCGGCAGCGCUUCAUGGGUGUCGACCUCCGCAUCCGCGUGCGCGGUGGUGGCAAGACCUCCCAGAUAUACGCCAUCCGCCAGAGCAUCGCCAAGGCUAUCGUAGCUUUCAAUCAGAAGUACGUUGAUGAGCAGUCCAAGAAGGAGAUCAAAGACAUCCUUGUCCGCUAUGACCGUACACUCCUCGUUGCCGAUCCCCGCCGCUGCGAGCCCAAGAAGUUCGGUGGCCGGGGCGCUCGUGCCCGCUUCCAGAAGUCUUACCGUUAGAUCAUCGGGGAUUGUAUUGAUUAUUGCUCCUGGGCAUAUCGUGACUGUUUUCCUGCUUGAGUUUCUUCUUUGCUUGUCUAAUUUGACAAAACAUUUAUUUGAUAUUCUGCAUACAAGUUUAUCUAAUUUCAUGCAUCGUCUACAUUUUCCUGUUC